AUGGCAGAUGACGAGUUUGAUGAUUACGAUGAAACAUCAACAAAAAUUACAACUAAUGUACAUUUAAAACAUGAAAAGCUGGGAAGGUGCGUCUUGUACGUAUCUAUGCACUCUUGUCUUCAAGCCGCAAAAUUCAAUCUAGAUUGCAAUUUGAAACGGACUCAAAGUUCAUUCGGAAAAAAUUUGAAAAAGACGAAGAAGAAUGUAGAAUGUCCAGAGAGGUUUGUCGAAAGCUGGGAUAAAGAGAAGAUGGAAGAUCCAGAAAUAACACCAAGAAAUAAAACAGAGUGUAACGAUUCAACUUGGUAUAACCAGACUUCAAAAUUUGAUGUGGCUGAAAAUUUUGUUGAAGUAAAAAAUGCUGAUGACGACAACACAUCGGUAACCAAAUCAAUGAAGUUACGAUCCUUCUUGUCAAUAUGA